AAAAACAUCGACUAAGACCUAUAGGUUUUAUUCAGCUUUCAAUCUUCAAUGUAUCAAUAGAAUUGACAACAAUCCUAGGACUUUAAUAACAUUUAACUUAAAAAAUGUCUAAAGCCGGGAACCUAACUAAUGCAGUUCGUGCAGUAAAUAAAAGGCCAUUUAGAGUUUCCAUAGAAGGUAAUAUUGGGUCUGGAAAAUCGACAUGCAUCAAAUAUUUUGAUAAAUUUCGAAACGUUGAAAAGCAUGGGGAACCAAUUCAAGAAUGGCGCAACGUAAGUGGACAUAACUUACUGGGUUUAAUGUACAGUGACAUGAACAAAUGGAGUUUUGCGUUCCAACAUUAUGUACACCUAAGUAGACUGCAGAUCCAGGCCAGUCAACCUUCACACCCCGGCAUUACUGUGAAGAUGUUUGAGAGAUCAGUACAAAACAGUAGGCAUUGCUUUGUAGAGAAUGCAAAGAAGCAGAAUUUCCUUCAGGAGCCAGAAUAUCAAGUACUACUCAAGUGGUUUGAUUACACCGAGAAGUCAUUAGACAUCAGCUUAGAUCUUAUAGUAUAUCUCAAGACUACACCCCAAAUAGUGUGGGACAGAAUGAUGAAGCGCGGUAGAUCUGAGGAGUCUGAAGUACCUUUGGAAUAUUUACAGCAGGUUCACGAUUCAUACGAAAAAUGGAUAAACUCACCAGAUAUUGGCUGCGAAGUACUAACUAUUGAUGCUGAUCGAGACUUAGAUUGUGUCAAGGAAGAUUUAGAGAGAUAUGCAUAUAAAAUCCUCGGAGGCAAUCAUACUAAUUGAUGGUAUUGUAAAGAUAUUAAUUGCCCAUUCUUGUUAAUUAUUGUAUUUGACUAAGAUCACAGUAUUAUGAAUGUU